AACCCUAACAAGUCUUUCAGAACUCAGAAGAGAUAAAAAGGGUUUCGUCCGCGACAUUGUUGGAAUUGAGGAAUGGGGAAUUUGGAACGAGGAAUGAACGAUUGCGAGACAAAUUUUUUUUAUUUUCAGUAUCUCUCGGAGAUGCAAAGCAGGUUCUUAUUCUUCUUGAAGAAAGGAAACUGAAAACUGAAAAUUCUAUUCUGGAACGAGGAGGAGAAGGUGGGAAUUAUUGAAUGGUGUUGGAGAUCGAAAAUUGCUUCUAAAACCUUGUUUGAAAAGGUCUGUGUUAUUUCGGAUUUCUAUCCCUCUUUUCCGAUGAUGGAUGAUACAGGAUUACAAGUUCAAUCCUAUUUUGUGAUCCUUAGAUGCAAUUCUUGAAGCUUUUCUUAUCUAGGGUUAGGAUUUAUUUAGUUUUCUGAACAUUAGGUGCAGCAAUAGUUGAAUGCGUAGUAACUGUUUUCUUAUAGAUUAGGGUUUUGUUUUUCAGAUUGACUCGAUUGCCACUUGCUUCGCUUCUCUCUCUCUCUCUCUCUCUCUCUCUCUCUCUCUCUCUCUUUGUUUUUGUUUUUUCCGACCAGCGUCUUCCUCUUCGCGGGCAUUCUGAUUCUGAAGUAUUCAUCGAGGUCUAUUAUGGUGUGAGCUUUGAUCUGCGAAAUUUCACGAUUGAAGGGAUUGAACCGUUCUCGGCGUAGUAUUUUGCAGUUACGGCAGUUUCUUUGGAUAAUAACUAGAAGAUGCGAGCACGAAGGCUCGGAGACGUGAGAACCCGAUCCCCUCCCCCUAAGAUAAGGGAUCACAGAUCCGAAUGGCGUCCUGAUCCAUGUCCAUCACAUCGCCGAGACAUGCGUGAGGAUCAUCAUCCACGUUCUCUUCGAAGUUUGAGUCCUCUUGAAGUCGAGAGGUCUAGAAGGGUUCUGGUCCAUGAUCGUAGGAGCACUUCUGUUGAGAGAAGAGAUUACACUAGGCAUUUGAAUGGUGGGAGAGACUGUAUGGUUGUUCGAUCCCCGUCGCCCCUUUACGGCCAGUCCCGUAACCGAUCACAGUUCAAUGAGAACUCUUCUUCUGAUGGCUUCCGCCUGAAAUAUCUAUUGCCUGAUCCUGUUUAUUCGAAUGCUGACCCGAAACCUAGUCUGAAGUAUGUCGAUGAUUGCAGCAGCGGCUUUAGUAGUUCUAGAAUUGGUAAACAGAAGAAUUUCAAUACCAUUGGUUCUUCAGCGCUUGAAGAGAAUGGAAUGUUGUUUUCGAAGUCUUUGUACAUGGAAGAUAGGUCAUAUCGAAAGUUCGUUACUCUUCCUCCUGAGGUUGCCGCAGUCAUAAAUUCUGGUAAAGUUGGCGGGGAUAUUGGCCAUGGAAGGGUUGAGGAUCUUCGGUAUGGUGACAACCUUGGCGGGGAUGUUGGCCAUGGAAGGGUUGGAGAUCUUCGGUAUGGUGACAAUCGUCGUCCAGAUAUAAUAGCUUCUAGAGAAUUAUAUGAAGAAGAGAAACCAGUGUUCUAUUCGAGGGAUGCUCCAUACUCUACCAUGCCUUUGUCUCAUUCUAAUGCUUUUGGUAGCACCUCUUCAGGCCAAGGCCCUUCAAAGGACGAUUUCCUUGGUUUCUAUGGUGGUGGCAGGACUUUACCUUCAGAUGGAUUUGCUAGGAGUGGUGGAAAGCUUACAGACCCUGUCAACCGUGAUGAUUAUCGCCAGCAACCUUAUAGUUCUGGAAAGGAUUUUGAGCUGCCACAGCCUCCACCUUUUGGUUCUGGAAAGGAUUUUGAGCUGCGACAGGAUCUACCUUUUGGCUCUGGAAAGCACACUGAGCUGCGACAAAAAGACCUGGAAUCCUCCCAGCUGGGCCUUCUUAGUCCAGCUGGGCGUGAGGCCCGGGAAUAUAAUUAUCCUGAACUUGGUAGAAGAGAGAGGGUUGAUCCAGAAUACCUGUCUGAUAACUUAUACAGAAACCUGCAUCCAACUGAUGGAAUGGUCCAUGAUCAUAGUAAUUCAGUAAGGCCAUGCUUAAUGGACAAUGUUGUGAACAGGGUUGAAUCUGCUUCAGGUUCUCAUAGAACCCUGACAGAGAGUGCCUUAUGGGACUAUACUUUACAAGGUGAACCGGCAUCAAAUUACUAUGAUGUCGAUAAAAUUUCACGGGAAACAAAGCAAGAUGGAGAGUCAUUGGGUUAUAGAAAUACUCAUCUUGAAAUCAGAUCAAGAAUGUUGAGGGAUCAUGAUAAUGAUAUCUCACAGUCGGUUAUAGAUUAUGGUUAUGAAAGAGACGCUGGUCCAGUGUCUUACGGGGGAAGAUUGCAGAGUUCAACAAUGUCAGAGUGUGGUUCAGAUAUAUACAGGCUUGACUUGAGCCCUGAGAGAAGAUUAAAGGCAGAGGAGUUACGUUUUUAUGACCCAUCUGUAAGGGUGACUAAUAGAAACCACACCAUUGACGAGGAGAUGAAUAGAUACAAUCACAGGUAUAUAUCAAGUAAUGAUGACGAUACAAUUAGCCAAGUUCAGGAAUCCAUUGAUGGUGAUGAACAGUGGACUGGUGAACAUUCAACCAGUUUAUUGUGGUCCAAACGGUUGCACUAUAGACGCCCCCAACAUGGAAAGAAAACUGAAAGGGUAUUUGACAGAAUGGCCCAUCACAGAGGGUCUGCAUCUGAUGAUUGGAUGCCACCUCAAGAUCUAUCUUUACGUGUUCGAGGCUGUCCCAGAGAACCUCGUAUUGCUUGUUCCAGAAAUGUAAGCGUAAAGAAGCGAUUGAGACUUGGUCCCUCAAAUUUUCAUAAUUCGUACACACUAGAUAGGAAGCACACUGUAUACAGACCAUGCAAAUUUCAGAAGAGAAACCAAUAUGAUCUCCAUGGUGAUGUCAAUGAUCAGAAUGCUGGUCCAUCAGAAGAUCAAGGGUCUCCAGCAAAGCCUGAACCACCAGAAGGUUCUGAGAAGUUUAACCAGAAGGCAUAUGAAGCCUUCCUUAGGUUUUCUAAACAGUUGAAUGAGAACCCAGCUCAUCAAAGAAGAUACAAGGAGCAAGGGAAUGCUGGUAGUCUGCUAUGCAUCGUGUGUGGCAGCCAAUCCAAAGAGUUCGGUGACACACGUAGUCUGGUGACACAUGCCCUUAUGUCACAGAAGCAAUCAAGAGCAGACCACUGGGGUCUUCACAAAGCAAUCUGUGUUUUGAUGGGGUGGAAUAGUACUGUGCCUCGUGAUGGUAUAUGGGUACAUGCAGACUUGCCACAUGCCGAGGCUUUGGCUCUGAAGGAGGACCUCAUUCUCUGGCCUCCACUCGUCAUAAUCCAUAACAGUUCCAUUGGCAACAAGGAUCCUGACAGAAGGAAGGUCCUAACAAUUGAAGAUAUGGAAGCUAUUCUCAAAGAGAUGGGUUUUGGUGGGGGGAGGCCCAAGGUAUGCCAUGGUAGACCUGCAAAUCAAAGUGUUAUGGUGGUGAAGUUUGCUCCUACUUUUUCUGGAUUGCAAGAUGCAGAGAGACUUCACAACUACUAUACUAAAAACAAGCGUGGCAGGGUGGAGUUCCAGCAGAUAAAUGCUAUUAGCAGAAAUGGCAAUGGCGAUGCAGGAAUUGUAGAGGGAGAUGAGAUGGAGCAAGUUCUUUAUGGGUACUUGGGGAUUGCAGAGGACCUGAGCAAAGUUGAUUUUGAAACUAAGAAAAGAGCUAUGGUGAAGAGCAAAAAGGACAUUCUGGCCAUUGCAGAUGCUCCUCUGAAGGCAGAAUGAGUGGUCAAUUUUGUUUAUUCCCGAAUCGAAGUAAAGUGAUUGUCCAAAAAUUUGCUGAUUGGGGAAGAGGAACCGUCUCAACCAAAUUUUUGUUAAUACUUUUGUCAGCCUAUUUUUGGGUCUUAUGUUUGUAGAUCCUUCCCAUCUCUGCUUGGCUACAUCCAAAUGCUUCUUUUUUUUGUGUGUAAUCUGUGUCUGAUUAGGAAGUUAUAAUGCCUUAGCUCUAAGAACGUGGAAAGUCUGCAAUCACCCGUUCAAAGGUCUUUCUGCACAUCAAGGUGGAGUAAAAUCAAAGAAUGUCAUCAGAUGGUGGCGGCAGAGCGAUGGUUGAUUGGUGGCUACUCUACCCCGUCUAACAUUAGUGUCGUGUUAAAAUGGAAGCAUAUCAUCACCCAAGUGUAUGUAGAUUGAUUUACACUGUUCGAUUGGUAUGAUGCUACAGCUCUGGAAGGUGAUAGAAGUAUGGAACUGAACUAGUUGCUUUUUUCUUCCGAGUCUCUCAGGUUUUUUUUUUUUUUUUUGUACAAAGUCUCUAUGAGAUUUGUCAUAAACAAGUUCUCAUGGUAAAUGUGCAACUCUGUUUCUAUUUUCUUCAAACCUCAACAUCUUUAUAUAUAUAUAUGCUGUGGUUCUUUUGA